ACAUAUUUCUGAGCUCAGGAAAGUGAAACUAACCCUGUGACACUGUCCAGAGGGAGCCAUGGCCACAGACAACCCUGUGGAAAGUCUCCAGGAGGAAGCUACAUGCCCCAUCUGUCUGGAGUAUUUUAAGGACCCGGUGAUUAUAGACUGUGGGCACAAUUUCUGCCGAGCCUGCAUCGCCCAGUGCUGGGAGAGACCAGAUACAGACGUCUCCUGCCCUCAGUGCAGAGAAACUGUGCAACAAGGAAACCUCAGGCCGAUCAGACGGCUGGCAAAUGUUGUAGAAAUAGUCAAACGACUGAGUUUACAAGCAGCAAAGGGAGCAGGAGAGGAGAGGGUGUGUGGGGAACACCAGGAGACUCUGAAACUGUUCUGUGAAGAGGAUCAAACUUCUGUCUGUGUGGUUUGCUAUCUGUCCCGGGCUCACAGAGAUCACAGGGUGAUUCCCAUAAAGGAGGCUGCCCAGGAGUACAAGGUGAAACUCCAGGGAGCCCUGGGCCCUCUGAGGAAGGAGCUGGAAGAGACCCUGGCUCUGAUGUCUGCAGAGGAGGAGGAGAUCACAGAGUGGCAGGGGAAAGUGAAGAACAAGAGUGAGAUGAUUGCAGGUGAAUUUAACAAACUGCACACACUGCUGAGGGAGGAGGAGCAGCUGCUUCUGCAGAGCCUGAAGGAGGAGGAGAGGCAGACUCUGCAGAGACUACAGGAAAAUGUCACCAAACUCUCCCAGCAAAGCUCCUCUUUGCAGCAGCUGAUCAUAGAGAUCGAGGAGAAGUGUCAGCAACCAGUUGUGGAGCUUCUAAAGGAUGUGAAAAGUACAUUGAGCAGGAGUGAGAAUGUGAAACUCCAGGAACCAGAAGCUGUUUCUACUGACCUGAAGAACGUGUAUAACAUUUCCCUUGACAUGAGGGAAGCGCUGAAGAGAUUCGGAGUGGACGUGACUCUGGAUCCAGACACGGCUCAUCCCAGACUUGUCCUGUCUGAGGAUCGGAAACAUGUGAGACUUGGAGACACUAGCCAGGAUCUGCCCGACAAGCCUGAGAGAUUUGAUCCUUGUGUCUCUGUCCUGGGUGCUGAGGGGUUCGCGGAUGGGAGGCGUUACUGGGAGGUGGAGGUGGGAGACAAGCCUGAGUGGGACCUGGGGGUUUGUAGGGAAUCUCUUAGCAGGAAGGGGGAGUUUGCAUACGCCCCUGGGAAUGGAUGUUGGGUCGUGUGGCUGAGGGAUGGGGGAUACAAGGCCGGCACCUCCCCCGCAACCCCCCUCCCUGUGAGCAUCAGGCCCAGCCGGGUGGGGAUUUUCCUGGACUACGAGGCGGGCGAGGUCUCGUUUUACAAUGUGACUGACAGGUCCCAUCUCUUCACUUUCACUGGCACCUUCUCCGGGACGCUCCACCCUUAUUUCAGUCCUGGUCUCAACGCUGAGGGUACAAACGCGGUUCCCCUGAUAAUCUGCCCGGUCCCAGCUCAGGCCGGAGGGAAUCUCGGUCCCUGACAGUGACCCCGUGGCACAGACUGGCCCCUCCCAGCCCUCCUGCUCUUCUCUCCCCCCCACCCCAGUUGUGGGGGCCAGUUACUGCAGCAACUGGACUUUUUGUGCUGACCGGAUGCUGCCAGUUUCCCUUUUCAACUGGAGGUUCCACUCGAAAACCAGACACCUGGGAACCCCCAGCCCUCGCCUUUGCCCAUCCCCUGCCCCAGGGGCAGCAGAUAGGGGUGGAUGGGGUGAUUCUACCUCUGUGAAAUCUCAGUGUAAAGUAUGAAAAAAAAGAGAUUAGUCUAAUUUAGAAAAUACUAUCAUAACAAGGUGUAAAUACAGGAAUAUUUAAUUUACAUUCAAUCAGUAUUGCAGAAACAAGCAUCUAAACAUAUUUUUAGACAUGGAAUUAUUUACAUUUAUUUUUUGAUUCCUCCCUCAAAUCUAUAUUGAAGUUUAACUUCUCUAAAUAACGUCAUUUGUAUUUCAACUGUGGAAUUUGAAGAAAUCCAAAAUAUUUAUCUUAACAAAAUAAACUAUUAAAAUGUCAGACUGGGUUGUUUCUAAUGCUAACUCAUGCAAGAUUAUAUAAUAUUCUUUGAACUUCUGUCAGCAUUAAUUCAUGUGAUUUUUAACUUUCUAGCUACAUAUAAUCAGUAAUGAAGAUAUGACCCUUCCUUUCUUUUUCUCACAUCAAUUAACAAAACACGGUCCCCAACCUCAAAUGCUCUCUUCCUAUCGAUAGAAAUCUCUUCUAUAAUCUUAAUUUUUUUAGUAUAGUUUACUUUACAAAUAUUAUUUGCAGGCAAUUUACUGUCAGUGUCUACUGUUGAUUUCAAUGUACUACGGUGCUCUUCAUGUUCUUGGUUAUAAGGACACAACAAAUGUAGUUUGAUAAAGAAAUAGAGAAGGGUUUUGUAUUCCUUUACUCAAUCAUCACAAAUUAACUUAAUUGUAUUAAAGACUUAAUGACACAUAACAUGAAAUUUGGUGAAGCUUUAUUGGGAAACCUUUCUUCUCGGCCAUAAAUCAGUUGAAAGGGUUAUAUUUUUGUUGUUAUGUGAGGUUUAGAGUACAAAGAAAAUGAAGUUGUUCCAGGAAAUUCAUCACAAUUCCUCUGGUUCUGUCCACCACUUUCUGCAAUGCUCUGUAAAAAUAGUGACUGAUUGGUCAAAUUCCUUGAAAUUAGCGAUUGAACCUAAUUUCUUGAAGAGCUAGCUGAGCAGAGUCUGAGGGGAGGCACAUCACAUGGUAUUGCUAGGACUACUGUUUUAAACGUGAUGCGUUAUGAACAUUUUAAUGUAAUAAUUCACUUCUGAAGAUUUACUCACAAUAUGCCAUUCAUGGUUGUGUGCCCUAAACUUACCCUGAUUAUUUGAAAACAAAUACCCUAAAAUUCUCUUUUGAUGGAUUCAUUUGUGUUUUUAUCCAGUCUGCUGGUGAAGCUAUGUGUUUUUUCUAGCU